AUGCAACAGGGGAAGGAUGAGUAUCUAUCAAUCGACUCGAUGUCUGGAACAGUUUGCAUCCAAAAAAUGUUGGACUAUGAAAAGGAGAAAAGCUACCAAACGACAGUAAUCGCAACGAAUGCAAAUUCUGAAACCUCAACCAGUCUUAUCUCAAUCCGUCUCAAGGAUGUCAAUGACAACUGGCCAGUAUUCUACCCCAACGAGUAUCAUCUCACAAUCCGUGAAGGUCCAAAACCAUCGGAACCCCUCCUGGUUGUCUCUGCUUCAGACUUGGAUUCGGGACAUUUCGGAGAGGUUUCUUAUCAGAUUCUAAGUGAAUCCACCUCGUUUUCUAUCAAUUCAAUGACUGGGGAGGUUUUUGCAAAGAAAGAUCUAUCGCGUGGUCGCUUCCAUCUUGUCGUGAACGCUAAGGAUGGUGGAGGUCAAAACUCGGAAAACCCCGCCAACAUUCACAUUACAGUAAUCGACAAGGACUCCAAGACACCCGAGUUUUCACGAUCCAAAUAUGAAAUCCGAACUACCGAGGAUAUUUUACCGGGUAUCGCUAUAGGAAGUGUUGCGGCGAUGUCUGAGGGACGCAUCAAAUACUCGAUAUAUUCUGGAGACCCUGAACACAACUUCUCUAUUGAUGAAGACACUGGAAAGAUCUAUGUGACAAGAUAUCUUGAUGCUGAUGUCCAUGAUACCGUACUCCUGAAUAUUCAAGCGACGAUGGAUGGAGGGCAGAGUAAUCAGACACAAGUGUUGAUCUCCAUUGAUGAUCAUAACGACAACGCCCCGAUUUUCUCGAAUGGUCUGGUGGAAAUCUCAGUGAGAGAGGAUACUCCAAUUUCUGAACCAUUUUAUAUUGUCCAUGCAACUGAUAAGGAUAAGAAGAAGAAUGGGCAAGUGAAGUACUCAAUAAUAUCCUCUCACCCGGGAAGCUCCAUUGAGAUUGAUCCUCACACUGGACAGCUUUCGACGUCAUCUGAAUUCGAUUACGAGUCGGUUCGAAACUUCAAAAUUCGAAUCAAAGCUAGCGAUAUGGGAAUUCCAUCGAGAUCCUCAAAUAUGACUCUGUUCAUUCAUAUCAAUGAUGUCAAUGACAAUUCUCCAAUGUUUGAGAAGACUGCAUAUUUUAUGGAUGUGCAGGAGAACUCUCCACCGAAGACAAUUGUUGGAAAAGUGGUGGCCACUGACUUGGAUAGUCUGGAGAAUGGACAAAUCAGUUAUAGAAUUACAAAUGGUUCAGAAUAUUUCGGAAUCGACGAGAAGCUUGGAAACAUUUACACGAAGAAAUCGCUGGACCGAGAAACGAUCAGUCACGUAGAUGUUACUCUUGUGGCAGAGGAUAAAGGGAUCCCACCACGAUCUUCAAGUGUUCAUGCUCGGAUUACUGUACUUGACGUGAAUGACAAUCCACCAUCAUGUCUGUCUAUCACUCCUAUCGUAGUCCCAGCCAACUCUCCACCCUCAACUGCCAUCGGAACUAUUGUUGCAAGUGACCCGGAUAAGGGGUUGAAUGGAUCUGUUCUCUAUCGAGCUCAGCUACAAAGUAAUCUCUUUGUGGUGAAAUCAAAUGGUGAUGUCUAUCUCAGAAGACAGCUCAAUGCUUCCGAUGAACAUCAUCAACGACUUUCUGUCAUAGUGUCCGAUCAAGGAAUCCCAAGGAAGAGUACGGUAUGCCACGUGGCAGUUCGGAUAGCCAAGGGGUCUUCUGAUAUUGUACUACAAGAACCCGUGCAGAGAUACGUGGAAAUUCCCGCUGCAUGUGCUGCGAAGUGUCGAUUGACUGUCUUCAAUGCCACAGGAGUAACCACGUGGCAAAUCCAAAGUUCGGAUAUUUCAAACCACUUUGCAAUCAGAGAUGGAGUACUGUCUAUGGUGUCCCAACCAAAUCAUCGACCACCUUACUCUCUUGGCAUCGUGCUAAGUGAUAGGAAUGAUAGACAGAAAUCAAUUCAAUUGAGAAUAGUAGCAACUGGUGAAGCUGCUAGUAAAGAAGAAAUCAUUCGGAUUUCCGACACGAAUAGUAUCGGAUCAAAAAUUGGAAGACUAGGAGAGAAAUCACCGGAUUCCUCGUUCUUCUACAGAUUUUCUUCUGGAAAUGAGGAGAAUUGUCCAUUGGAAUUGGAUCAGACCGGUGGGGUACUGUAUCUUGCUGAAGGGAUUCGAGGGAUUCGAAAUGCGAUGGAAAGCAAUUUUUCUUGCUUCUUUGAGAAGUUCAACUCAACUGAUGGAAGUGUGGAUGAGAUGAGAGUGGAUUUGGAGAUUACGCGUUCAAAAUCCGACAAACCCCAAUUCGACACCCGCCACCUGGCAGUCCAUGUUCGUGAGGACACCUCAACCGGAUCCAUCAUCACUACUGUAAAUGCAACAGCCAACGAUGAUUCAACCACUCCGAUCAGCUAUCGGUUCCCAUCACAAAUUGAUACAUUCGCUAUUGAUCAAUUCACAGGAGAUAUCACUCUGGUGGAGAGUUUGCAUUGGCAUGUCAAGCCUAUCUAUCAUCUUAUUGUCGAAGCAUUCACCACGGGUCCUGGCACGACUCUAUUGGUUACUGUAGAUGUGGAAGACGUGAAUGAUCAUUCUCCAUUUAUUGUGUCUCAACCUACAGUACUUCUCCCAGCAAGUUAUCGAAAAGGAGAUAUGGUACAUCGAGUUGUGGCAAUCGAUUUGGAUCAAAACCCGAAGAUUUCUUAUAGCAUCCAAAACUACUCCGAGCCAGUGGAAGCUUUGAGAAUUGAUUCUGAUUCUGGAGAGAUUACAAUUCUAUCAUCUGAAGGUUUUCCAGAGACGAUUACAGUAAGGGCAGAUGAUGUGGCAGAUCCAACGAAAUAUGACGAGCAGAAAGUGUUGAUCAAGGCAUCGAAUAUAUCAAAGAGUCACUGGCACUUCUUCGACAAUCAGAAGAGUACUGUAGCCAUGGAGACCAACACCCCGAAGGAUACAGUAAUCCAGAAAUUCAAGGAAGAAGGCGGAGUCAAAAUGAAAUUAGUCCCCACCUCCCAGUUCUUCGAGCUCCAAGGGAAUCAGCUAGUUCAAAAGACAGUUAACGUGGCUGCCGGCACCUAUCGGCAUACUGUAGUUGCUGAAAAAGAGGAGGACUUGAUUGACUGGACUGUACUGGAAAUAGAAGUUCCACCAAUGUUCCAAGACCCACCGAAGAUCUCAUCGACGUCGUGUGGAGUGGUUACGGUAGAGGAGAAUAUGGACUUGAAGAAUUUCAAGAGAAUUAUGGCAACUGGAAUGACAAACUCAUCAAGAUUCAGAUUUCAAGGAGCCUCUGAUAGGUUCACCAUUGAUUCUAUAACCGGAGACAUCUCUGUGACCUCUCUGGACCGGGAGUCUGCGCAAGAACAUCUUCUCGUCGUCGUUUUAUCAGAUGCCGGCAGGAAUGACUCGUGCACCGUCCGGGUUACUGUAGCUGAUCAGAACGACAACAAACCUCAAUUCGACGCGAACACCCCGUCAGAAAUUUCCAUCAAUGAAAGUUCUCAAGUUGGAGAUGUUCUCUGGAAGUUCCAUGCAUCUGAUAUGGAUAUAGGGUUGAAUGGAAAACUAUCAUUUGAGCUACUGGAGGAUCCCUCGAAAUCAUUGGAUUUGGUGCCGGAAACUGGCGCUCUGGUUAUCCGGAGACUUAGCCAGAAAGACACGUGGCAAAUCAAAGUACGAGUGAUGGAUCACGGAUAUCCAAUUGGAUUGGGAACAGAGAGAACGAUCAAGAUUCUGAACUCCCAAAGACCUCCGGCAAAUCAACAAGAACCUAUCGAAUUUCUGAGACAAACUUAUAUCAGCUCGAUCGAUGAAAGUCUACCACGUGGACAGUUUGUAUCAAAGCUCGAAACUUCUGGAGUAGCUGGAAUCACUUAUAGCAUUGUUGAAGGGAAUACUGACUCGGCGUUCUCGGUUGACUCGGAUGGAGUGAUUAGAACAAAUCUGGAACUCGAUAAGGAGAUUCAGGAUAAGUAUAAUCUGAAAGUGAUUGGAAUAGUGAAUCCAGGAGGUAGAAGUUCUACACCAAGUCAAAUUACAACUCGUAUCAAUGUUCGUGUCAAUAAUCUCAAUGAUAAUCUACCUUCAUUCCCGCAAACUAAACCGAGACGUGUCGCCGAGACGUUAAAAGUUGGAAGCUACGUGGCUACAGUAGGAGCAAAGGAUGUGGAUCAACUUGCAGUUCUACAGUACUCUCUGGAAGAUCAAAAGGACUCAAAGUUCGAAGUUGACAGAUUCACUGGAGUGAUUCAUUUGAAAGAAUCCUUGGAUUAUGAGACUUUGAAAGAGCACACACUUCAUUUGAAAGUCACAGAUGGACAAUUCGAGGCCAAGACCAAUCUGACGAUAUUCGUAUCAGAUGUCAACGACAAUCCACCAAAGUUCUCAAAAGACUUCUAUCUCUGCCACGUGUCACCGAUGACCUACUCGCCAGGCUUACCGUUUGCCAAGAUCGAAGCGACCGACCAGGAUUCUCAAAGCUCUCAGAAAUUGACUUACUCACUAUCCCCUGAUUCAUCUUCCAUUUUCAAAAUCUCAUCCGAAGAUGGUUCUCUGUCAAUGAAGGUUCUUCCCCCAUCAGGAGAGAGAUAUCUGAUUACUGUAACUGCAACGGAUAAUGGGAUACCAAGUUAUGCGACGAGUGUGCCUGUGCAAGUAGUCAUUGGAGAAGCGAUGCCGACGGAGAAACCAGUUUUCGAGAGACAAGAGUUUAGAUUCGAAGUCCUUGAAAACUCAAAAGUUGGGCUGCAAAUCGGUAACCUCUCUGGAGAAACCCGCGAGUUUCUCUACCGUAUCCAAGAUCCGGAAGCCUCGAAAAUCUUCCAUGUUGACAAGUUCGGGCGACUUUUCGUUGCGGGAUCCAUCGAUCGAGAGCAUAAAGCUGCUUACACUUUUACAGUGGAAAUAGAGAAUGAGAUGAUGUCGCAGAAAGUGCAAUGCAAGUGUCACGUCAUCGUUCUUGAUGAGAAUGACAAUUCUCCAGUUUUCACGUCUUCUGCAUUCUAUAUUCAUCUGAAGGACUCGAUGACACACGGACAGACAAUCGGACAGAUAAUGGCGACUGACUUGGAUUUUGAGGAGAAUGGAAGAGUCAGCUAUAGGAUUCUCAGUGGAAACGAUUUGAACAUUGUCACUCUCAACACAGAUUCUGGAGCAAUUCAGAUGAAUGAGUGGAAUGACGCCCAGUUAGAUGUAUUUCCGAAUGCCACUUGGCAGAUUCUAGUGGAAGCUCGAGAUCAUGGACACCCUUACAGAAGUACCGUUGGUACCAUUUCAGUAUCCUUGAAGAUGUCAUCAUGGAGUGGCUCCGCCCCCUUCUUUGUUCUUCCGGUUUAUGAAGUACAUGUAUUGGAAGAUACUUCGAUUGGGACAGUUGUGCAGAAAGUGAGAGCAAGUAACCGGUUGGGAUUGGAUAAUAAGGGGUUACUGUACUCGUUGAAGGAACAUCAGGGGAAACUCUCAAUCGACGUCAAGACAGGAGAGAUCACGUUGAAAACUCAUCUGGAUUGGGAAUCAGAGCCACUUAUCUCAAUGUAUCUAUCGGUUUCCGAUGGAAACGGUAGAUCAGCAGUAGUCCCGUUGAAGAUAGUCGUUGAGCCGGUGGAUGAAUUCGCUCCGGUCUUCACGAAGUCUUCGUAUACACUGCAGAUUCCAGUAUCCACUCCUGCUGGCGAUUCCGUUGGUCAAAUGCAAGCUAUCGAUGAGGACGGUGGACCACAUGGAAUUGUUAAAUAUGCGAUUUCAGAUAGACAGAAUACAGUGUCAAUUGAGGAGGACACUGGAAUAAUCCGUCUCCGCAAAUCGCUCUCCCAGCGUCGCAACCUCACAAUCGAACAGAUUACUGUAGUGGCCUUCAGUAGCCCCAACAAACAAUCCAAAACUACAGUAUACCUGGAAAUCGGACCAUUUGAUCUGCAACCGUCCCUUCCGAAACUGUUGCUUCAUUCGAAGCCUGUCCAAAUCGCAGCGGCCUCCCUUAUUCUUUUACUACUACUUCUGAUCAUUGUCAUAUGUGUCUGUAUGUGCAAAACUAGAAGGAAGAAUAAGAAAAAUGAGAAGCCCGAUGUCAUCUGCACGGUCACAACAUCUGGAGACUCCCAACGACGACGGUCGUCUACUCAGAAGCCGACACUUCAGAAGCAGGUGUAUUCAGUGAAGACUGGAGAGAUUCGAACUCUAUCUGGAGAUAUCCCCGGCCCACAUCAUCAUCAUCCAACCAACUCCAUGACGUCAUCUGUCUCCACAUCAUCAGAUGCACUUCGUAUGAUUCGAGGAAGCUCCAGAAGCCAGAUUGAUUCUGGAAUCGAUCCGGAUAAUGUGUCGAUUAAUUCUUCAGUAACCGAUUAUCUGGUGUCACUGGGUGUGAAUGCUAACCCGAUUCCUCCAAGGAUAAGGCCCAAUACGACAUACGACUCGCUGAUGAACGAGUACAUAUACGCACGCGUCGAGGACGUUCUUCCACCCGGACCAAUCAGUUUGACGACGCCAAACCAGCACUCACUUCUCAGACAACCACUUUCGACCGCCUCCCGCCGCCCACCGCCCAUAGUUCCGUCGUUUGAACCACUCACUGAAAUUUUCAGUGAAAUUGUGGAGAUGCGGAAAAACGAGGGACGAAAAGAAUAUGUUCAAGUCGAGAUUUAG